AUGACAAAAACAGCCCUCCUUAAAUUCCUUUUAGCAAUAGUCAUCACAUUCAUUUUAAUUUUGCCGGAAUAUUUCAAGACACCAGAAGGGAACAUACUGGAGUUAUCAUGUCUGGAAGUACGUUUACAACCUAAUCUCACCUAUUCACUCUCUUCCUUAAACUUUUCUCUUGUGACUUUUCUGGAACCAGUAAGGGAAACUGAGACCAUAAUGAGAAUAUUUCUAAAUCACUCGAACUUUCAGAACUUCACCAGGAUGUGCCAAGACAUCACCAGUGAAUUUACAAUGUGCUCCUUGUGUUUGGUUUGUGAGUCCGAAGGGAACAAGGAUUUUAUUUCUCAGGAACAAACAUCCAAAGUUCUUAUCAUGAGAGGAUCCAUGGAAGCAAAGGAAAAUGAUUUUCAUUCACCUUGUCAACAAUUUAACUUCACUGUAGCCCCUACAGUUGACCGCAUGGAGGAAUAUAACAUUACCUGUAAUCUAAAAGCAAACACUAGAAGUUCAGCAGUCAUGGAAGAAGAUCCAACCAAGGCAAAGUCUAUGAACCAUACUUGUAGAAUCAUGAAUUACCCAAAUAAUUGUACACACAUUUCCUUGCACCUAGAAGUGGAUGUAAAAAAUUUCUAUUGUUCAAUGAAGAUCACUUGGUAUACUUUAGUAAUAUUAGUUUUUGUAUUUUUGAUCAUCUUCACUAUCUACAAAAUACUUGAAGUCCAUAGGCAAAGACAGAAAUGGCGGAGUCAUAAAUACAAACCAUCUGUUCUUUUACGAAAGAGUGAUUCUGAGAAACUUCCAACAUUGAAUGUGCGGGCUGUUUCAGGGGCUGAGCAGAGGCUCCCCUUCACUCAGGUCAAGAAAGUGCUUUCUCCAAUACCAGAACUCGAAGUUCCUUCCAUGAUACCUCAGCAGGAGCAGCAUAUGCGACAGGUGCUUUAUAUAGAAAUAACCCAAGAAGUGUUUGUGGACUUAAUGAAUGUUGCUGCGGGAGCCCAGACGAUGGGCACCUGUAUCAAGGAGAGGCUUCCUGGAGAAGGGGUGGAAAGGCUUCCUGGCCACGGUGGAAGGAACACAUACAGGAAAAGGGAACUUAAUUCAAGAUCUGUGUCCUCCAGAACACACAGACACAGGGGUGGGCUCCUGACAUGCAGGAGACAGAAGGCUCUCUUUGCAAAUAGUAACAACUACGCUAUUCUCUAUGUCCAGGACAUUGCAGUAAUUAAUGGGUGA